AGAGGAAUUAAGACGCGCCCCGGUGUCACGUGACGCCUCGCUACCGCGUUUGACCGAUGCCAUGUUUGCCGUUUGCGUCAAAAGCAUCAAAGCGGGACCGCGCUUGUCCUUUGUGCCGACGCGGUGUCGUGGCGGCGCGGGGGGCGGCUUCGACGGCCGGGGUGGCGCCGCCGGCGGAGGUGCCACCGCGGCCGGCUGGACGAAGCUGUCGACGGCCGGAGGAGCGGCGAGCAGGGGCGGCCGAGCUAGGCCUUGGGCGCGUCACGUGACCAGCAUGCGGCGGAGCGCUUGAUUGGGGGAAACAAAAAAAAGAAAAAAAAAAAAAAAGAUGGCGUGAGCCAGCACAGGACAACAAGCGAGCGAGCGCUGCCCCCUCAUUGCGGACCCACAGCGCCCCGUCUACCGCUCCUCAAAUGGAUCCCGGACAGGAUUUACUUCUCACUGCUCUCAGCGAGAGCGGCAUUUGCCCAAACGACAUCGGACUGUUUGACGUCGAUUCUCAGGAUGUCGGGCAGCCCUCCACAACUCAGCAAUCUAUCUCAAUCAGCGCCCUGGACGUCGGCUUGGGGACCGAGUCCGGGGAGCUUGUCCGAACCGAAUCGCCGUCUCCAGGCCCCGUUGUGACUAUCAGGCAGCACAAACCUCAGCCAUCGACCACCACGUUUGUCUUAAAUCAGCUCAAUCAGCUACCGUCGCUCGGAGCAGCCGUGACCAAGCCGUCGGCCGGCAACCCCGUCAAACACACGGUCACCGUCACAAAGGUGGUCCACGUUGCCAAUUCCGCCCUGCGGGGCUCGUCCGGGCCCACCUCCGCAGGCAACCCCCCUUCAGUGUCCACAGCCGUGCCUUCAAACCCCGACCAGAUCCAGUUGAAAGACCUCCUCAGGGCGGGGAGCGUAAAGAGUUCGGGCAUGAAGGGCAACAGUCUGGUGGAGCUCAUGAAGCUCAAGCCACCGCCGGACAUUGCCACACCUGUAGCCACCGCCACAGGGCCCAGUGAAAUGAACAAUGGCAUCAAAAAGGAAAACCCCGCGCCGAAGGAAAGUGUCGUUAGAUCCUGGAGCAACGACGAGCUCAAAUUGCACGCUUUUUCACAUUCCCCGAACACGCCCGGGAUGAGGGAGGAGGACGAGCCUGAGGAGGAGGAAGAGGAGGAGUUGGGUCAUGCGGAGACGUACGCCGAGUACAUGCCAAUGAAGUUGAAAGUCGGCCUGCGGCAUCCCGACCCAGUAGUGGAGACCAGCUCCCUGUCCAGCGUGAGCCCACCGGACGUGUGGUACCGCCUGACCAUCCCGGAGGAGGUGAUCGAUCGCGGCUGCCUGUCAGCGCUGCAGCUGGAAGCCAUCACAUACGCCGCCCAACAACACGAGACGUUCCUGCCGAGCGGCGACCGAGCGGCCUACUUGAUCGGCGACGGCGCCGGUGUGGGCAAAGGCCGCACGAUCGCCGGGAUCAUCUAUGAGAACUACCUCCUAGGCAGGAAGCGAUCGCUUUGGUUUAGCGUUUCCAAUGACCUGAAGUAUGACGCUGAACGAGAUUUGAGGGAUAUUGGAGCAAAGAACAUCCAAGUCCAUUCUCUGAACAAGUUCAAGUACGGCAAAAUCUCCUCCAAGCACAACGGCAGCGUGAAGAAAGGCGUCAUCUUCGCCACGUACUCAUCGCUGAUUGGGGAGAGCCAGUCGGGCGGCAAGUACAAGACCAGGUUCGAACAGCUGCUCCACUGGUGCGGCGAGGACUUUGAUGGUGUCAUUAUCUAUGAUGAGUGUCACAAGGCAAAAAAUGUGUGCCCCAUUGGCUCAUCCAAACCCACAAAAACCGGACUGGCUGUGUUGGAGCUUCAGAACAAACUCCCCAAGGCUCGUGUGGUGUAUGCCAGUGCUACAGGUGCUUCGGAACCAAGAAACAUGGCAUACAUGAACCGCCUGGGCAUCUGGGGCCAUAAAACGCCUUUUAAGGAGUUUGGCAACUUCAUCCAGGCGGUCGAGCGCAGGGGCGUGGGUGCCAUGGAGAUCGUCGCCAUGGAUAUGAAGCUGAGGGGAAUGUACAUUGCGCGGCAGCUGAGUUUCACCGGUGUAACGUUCAAGAUCGAGGAGGUUCCGCUGACUCAACGCUACAUUCACAUGUACAACAAGUCUGUCAGGCUGUGGGUGAGCGCCCGUGAGAAGUUCCAGCAGGCCGCAAACCUGAUGGACGCCGAGCAACGCAUGAAGAAGUCCAUGUGGGGCCAGUUCUGGUCGGCCCACCAGAGGUUCUUCAAGUACCUCUGCAUCGCUUCCAAGGUCCGCAGAGUGGUCCAGCUAGCCAGGGAGGAGGUCCAGAACGGAAAAUGCGUUGUGAUCGGCCUUCAGUCCACUGGUGAAGCGAGAACUCUGGAGGCCUUGGAGGAAGGAGGUGGCGAGCUUAACGACUUUGUAUCAACUGCAAAAGGUGUGCUGCAGUCCCUCGUGGAGAAGCAUUUCCCAGCUCCCGACAGACAAAAACUUUACACACUGCUGGGCAUAGACCUCUCGACAAAGAAGACCCCUCUGGCCAGUGACUCUGCAUCCCAGCCCCAGCAAAAGGGAAAGAAAAGAAAAGCACCGGAUAGCCAGAAAAAAACGCAGCAGAAGAAGCCCCGCCAGCACGGGGGUCUGUCGGGCACCAGCUCUGACGAGAGCCAGUCGGAGGAGUCUGACAAGGACUCGUGCAGGGACGGGGACAGCGACGACAGCUUCAAGUCGGUCAGCUCGGCAGACGAGGACGACGAUUUCAACCCGUUCAGAGAUGAGUCUGAUGGGGAAGACGAAGAUGAUCCCUGGCUUGUCCGAAAGGAGCCCAAGAAGAGCAAAGAGAAAAAGAAGAAAAAAAAGCGAAGGAAGAGCAUCGACCCCGACUCCAUCCAAAGUGCCUUGUUGGCGUCGGGCGUGGGCUCCACCAGACCGGCCUUCACCGCACCCGUUGCCCCUCCGCCCACUGCGACUGCAGUCAAGGCAGAGCCCGAAGACAGCUGCCUGACGAGUCAGGACGCCGUGGAACACGCUCAGAAAAUGAAGCGGGACCUCCUGGAGAAACUGGAGGAGUUGGCCGAGGAGCUGCCGCCCAACACGCUGGACGAGCUCAUCGAUGAUCUGGGAGGACCUGAAAAUGUAGCGGAGAUGACCGGUCGCAAAGGCCGCGUGGUCAGCAACGACGACGGCACCAUAACGUACGAGUCUCGCUCUGAGCUGGACGUGCCCGUCGAAAUCCUCAACCUGACUGAGAAGCAGCGUUUCAUGGAUGGGGAGAAGCACAUCGCCAUCAUCUCCGAGGCGGCGAGCUCGGGCAUUUCCCUGCAGGCCGACCGCCGGGUCAAGAACCAGCGCCGCAGAGUCCACAUGACGCUGGAGCUGCCGUGGAGCGCCGACCGAGCCAUCCAGCAGUUCGGUAGAACUCACAGGUCCAACCAGGUGACAGCUCCCGAGUACGUCUUCCUCAUCUCCGAGCUGGCCGGCGAGCAGAGAUUUGCCUCGAUCGUGGCCAAAAGAUUAGAAAGUCUUGGGGCGCUCACGCACGGAGACAGACGAGCAACGGAGACUCGAGAUCUCAGCAGGUUCAAUUUUGACAACAAAUACGGCCGAAAUGCUCUGGAAAUUGUGAUGAAGUCGAUAGUGAAGCUCGACUCCCCACUCGUGUCUCCGCCCUCGGACUUUAAAGGAGAUUUCUUCAAAGAUGUUCAAAGAGGCUUGAUAGGCGUGGGCCUCAUUAAUUUGGAGGACAGAUACAACGCGCUGUCGCUAGACAAAGACUACAACAAUAUUGGGAAGUUCCUGAACCGAAUCCUCGGCAUGGAGGUCCACCAGCAGAACGCCUUGUUUCAAUACUUCUCAGACACGCUGGCGGCCGUCAUCCAGGAAGCGAAGCGGAGCGGCAGAUUCGACAUGGGCAUCCUGGAUCUCGGCUCCGGCGACGAGAAGGUGAAGAAGCUCGACUGCAAGAAGUUCCUGACGCCAGGCUACACGGCGUCGGGCCACGUUGAGCUCUUCACGGUGAGCGUGGAGCGAGGGAUGUCCUGGGAGGAAGCGACGCACGCCUGGGCUGAGCAGAACGGAGCGGAUGAUGGAUUCUACGUGCAGUCGCGGAACAACAAAAAGACGGCCAUUCUGGUGAAGGAGGUGAAUACAAAGAAAAGACUCUUUUUGGUCUACCGGCCGAACACGGGCAGGCAGGUUAAGCUGGAGACGUACGCUGAAAUCAAGAAGAAGUUUAAGAAGGUCCUGUCAGAAGACGCCAAGCAGCACUGGAACGAGCAGCACGGCUCGUCGGCGAAGAUCUGUUCGCAUGCUUUCUGGCGGGGCAACUGCAGGAAAGCGUCGAUGGGGCUGCAGUGCGAGAUCGGCCUGCGCUGCCGCACGUACUACGUGCUGUGCGGCUCGGUGCUGAGCGUGUGGAACGAGCUGGAGGAGGUGCUCACGCCCGUCAGCGGCACCAACGUCAAGGUGCAGAUCGUGCGCCUGCGCACGGAGGACGGCCAGCGGAUAGUCGGACUGAUCAUCCCGGCCAACUGCGUGUCGCCGCUCAUGCACAAGCUGUCCACGUCGGACCAGUUCCAGCAGCUGGCUGUGCAGGAGCAGCACAAGCGGCAGCAGCUGCACCCCCAAAGCCUGAGCCACGCGGCCAACACAUAGUUGGAAAGGCGGGCGCGUCCAAGCGGACUGGUGUACAUACAGAGGAACUGUUUCAGGGUUUUGGUUCGUUUAUUUUGAUUUUUUUUUUUUUUUUCUUAUUCUCUUUAUUUCAAAAGACUCGCUAUCACCUUUCCUUCCGACGAGGGGGGAGGAGGGGGGGGUGAUGUUUUUCGUCCUCUGACAUUCAGAGUGGAAGAUGCGCGACGGACACCCCGCCACACUGGAAACUGACCGCUACGUUACAAUCCCAAGAAUAAACCCUUCGGACUUUCACUUUUAUCCUUUUUUUUUUUUUUUUUUCCCCCCAUUUCCCGCAAUCCUCUUCUCGCCUGUGAGGAAGUUUUCAUUUGAUGUACAUUCUUCAAUAUUGGGAAAAAAAAAAAAAAAAAAGUUAGGGAUAUUGGGCAUCGGGUUGAAAGUCCACAUGAAACUUGGAAAAUGUGCUGUGACUUUUGAAGUUUCGAACGCCCGGUAUAUUCGACGAACACGAUUCGUCCCUCGCAGCUCGUUUGUGAAAUUCAGAUUUGUGACGGAUUAACAGAUUUCUCGCUUUGGAUUCCAGUCCAGAUCAGGUUUGGAGUAGAUUGCGGGAGAGGUGGCCCACUUUUUUUUUUUUUUUUUUUGCACCUUACGCUUGGAACGCGAUAGGUGCGAUGUGAGCAGUACGUGUUGGAGUAAUAGAAAUCGUUGUGGUGCGAAAUGACACCGCUCAUCGAGCGAAAGGUCGCGAUAGUUCGUAACUGUCUCUUGAGAUCGACGCGUCGGGCACACCUGGUUUAGAGUGUCAAAUUAAAAUUCUCACUGCAAUUUCACCCCGAAAGCCAAAUAUCCCCAACUUUUUUUUUUAUGGUUUGUGUCAUACGCUUGGACAAACAGCAGCUUCUCUCCUCAUUCAAACUCAUUUGCUGUCUUGACAAGUCGAACGAAACGCGGUAAGGAAUUCUGCAUGAAAAAGGUUGAAACGCAUGCCCUGCCCCCAUUUUUCAGUCACCCCCCCCCCACGCACCCCCCCCCCCCCCCUCUCUUCUCAGGUGUUAAUGACAUCACGGCUCAUUCCGUGGUCAAACGUUCUCCCGCCCUUCCACUUGUGACCUAGAAGGGGCACUACUACAUCUGAUUGCAGACGAAUAAAUGUUCUUGGUUCAGACACGCUACUCGCGCAAAUGUUUUUUUUUGUACAUUUUUGUAUAAAAAGAAAAAAAAAAAAGAAAAGGUUGUCUUGGGUAUUUAAAUGAUUUGUUCAUAACCUCAAACCUGUACUUCGAGUUUGGCCUUUGUGGAAAGCCAUUUGAGCAUUUAUUUAAUACCCUUCCGUGUACUAGUAAACCGCUCACUAGUAAGACAUUUCAGCGUACCUAAUAAUGCCCCCACCCCUGCAUAAUUGUACACAAAUUACUAGUUAACUACUGUGCUGCACUGGUAACACUACUAGAUUCAACUAGUAGGUAUGUCACAUACUAGUAGCACCAAUUUUUGCUAGUUUCACCUUCGUUGUCCUACUGGUGCAGAAAUGUCACGUUGUGGAAAAACACUACUUGUAACUAUUGUGUCCUUGUUACUCAAUUGAUGCCCUGAAUUGUCUUUCUAGUGAGGACAAAGCGUGUAGUGUACUAGUACAUGAACCUAACGCGGGAUUUUUAUGCAGAGCCAUUUUAAGAAAUUCUUGGAUAUUCUUGAUGUCCACUUGAGGGUCCGUGUACUAGUUUUCUCUUUGUCCUUUGUAGUAUGGCAACUACAUCUUACUAGUUAAUAACUGUGCUACUACUACCUUAGCGAGACAAAAUUCUAUAGUUAUUAAUGCUCAAAUGACUUUUCAUUGUUGCGUUCAGGGUCUGUGGGGGGGUUGGAAUAUCAGCAAAAUCAUUGCUGAUGUACAUUAAUUGGUGGAACACUCAAUAAAUCUUGAUAUACAGUA